CCUCCUGCCGGGCUAGUUGUUAUUGUCAACCAGGAAGCAGGCUGUCAAGAAUUGGGCGUGAGGCUUCUAAAAACAAGUUAUUUGCUCACUUCUUACCUUAUUUUGUGACUAUAAAUUAAGGUUAUACUCAGUUUGACAAAUAUCCUCCCCGGUAGAGAAAAUAAGACAUUCUAUCUCCAUUGGUUCGACGCUUUGCUGCAUGGUCGGCGAUGGUGUUGGACGAAGGCGCGCGGAGCUGCCUGCUUCGCUUUCGCCGCAACCUGGAACAGGACAUCAAGCCCGCCUACCUGAUGGAUCACAUGGUCAGCGACGGCGUGCUGAGCGGCGAGGAGGAGGAGAGGAUCAGCAGCCGGCCUAGCAGGAAAGAUCAGGCGACGGCGCUACUGGAACUGCUGCUCAAGAAGGACAACAAUGCUUUUAUUUCCUUCUACAAUGCUCUGGUCAAGGAGGCGUACAACGACUUGGCCAGUUUGCUUCAGGGCGAGCUUCCUGGUGCAUCACCAAAGAGUUCUGACAUCCAAAUAGUUCUUAGUGAAGGCGGUGUCCCUCAGAGGCCAGUGGUUUUUGUCAGCCGACCCGAGCUGAUCAACCGGAUCCGGGAGAAGCUCUACCGUCUCCGGGAGGAACCAGGGUGGGUCACGGUAUUCGGCAUGGCCGGCUCGGGAAAAUCCGUGCUGGCGGCGGAAGCUGUCCGGGACCAAGGACUCAUUGAAGACUGCUUCCCAGGAGGCGUCCACUGGCUGUCCAUCGGCCAGCUGGACAAAGCCGACCUGCUGGUGAAGAUCCAAGCGCUGUGCUUCCGUUUGGAGCAGAGCCUGGACUCCCAGCCCCUCCAGCGGGCUCCCACCUCCCUGGACGAGGCCAAGGAACGUCUGCGCUUCCUCGUGUUGCGCAGAUAUCCCAGAUCUCUGCUGAUUCUUGAUGACAUCUGGGACAGCACGGUCCUAAAAUCAUUUGAUAUCCACUGUCGCAUACUUCUGACCACCAGGAAUAGAAGCCUCACCGACUCAGUCAGCGGUGCUAAAUAUGAAGUUGAGGUUGAGAGCGGUCUGGAUGACCACAAAGCACUGGAGAUUCUCGCACUGUACACUAGAAAAACUCCUGAAGGUCUGCCCGAGGAAGCUCGGAGCAUUGUGAGAGAAUGUAAAGGCUCCCCCCUGGUGGUCUCCCUGAUCGGCGCGCUGCUCAAAGACAAGCCUGACCGUUGGCGCUACUACCUGCGGCAGCUGCAGCAGAAGCAGUUCAAGCGCAUACGCAGGUCGUCGUCGUACGACUACGACGCGCUGGACCAGGCCAUGGCGGCCAGCAUCGAGGUGCUGCCCGACGAGCACCGCGAGAUGUACCGGGACCUCGCCGUGCUCGAACGGGACAUCAAAAUUCCUGCCAAGGUGUUGUCCGUCCUGUGGGAUCUCGAGCCCGAGGAGGUGGAGGACAUCCUGGAGGAGUUUGUCAACAAGUCUCUGCUGUUUAUGGACAGUCACAGCAGGCCGCUGCUCUACUACCUCCACGACCUCCAGCUGGACUUCUUGGUCGAGCAGAACCGCGCCCAACUCGAGAACCUUCACACCAAGGUGGUGCGUCAGUACCAGCAGCACUACAGCGAAGCUCCGCCCAAAUCCGGAGACGACGAGUGCCUCUACUGGAUCCGGUUCUUGACCUACCAUAUGGCCAAAGCCAACCUCUCCCAGGAGCUCUACUCCCUCAUGUUCUCUCUGGACUGGGUCGCCCACAAGGCCCAGAUACUGGGUCCCGCUCAUCUGAUCAAUGACUUUGUGGAAUAUGGACCCAUUCUGGACAAAAAGAACAGCGACGUACGCAGUCACUUCCAGGAGUUUUUGUCCCUCAACGGCCACCAGCUGGAGCAGUGGCCCUUCCCCGACGUGGUCCAGCUGGCUCUGUCGCAGCCUCAGACCUCGGAAGUCUACAGGCAGGCUCUGCAGCAGGCGCGGGAACGGGCCAGUAGCGGGAAACUCUACCUUGAUUGGCUAAAUAAGAGCAGCGUGGAGAGUCUCUCCCGGCUGGUGAUCCACCCCCACCAGGGCUCAGUUUACGCCGCCUGCUUCUCGCACGAUGGGUCCAAGAUCGCCUCCUGCGGAGCCGGCAAGACGCUCAAGGUGUUUCGGAGCACGUCCGGCGAGAAGCUGUCAGAGAUCCAAGCCCACGAUGACGAGGUUCUCUGUUGCGCCUUCUCCCCCGACGACCGUCUCCUAGCAACCUGCUCCAGUGACAGGAAAGUAAAGGUGUGGAACGCGGAGCGUGGCAUGCUGCUGAGGGUCUUCGAGGAGGAGCACGAGGAGCAGGUCAACCACUGCCAAUUCACCAACACGCCACUGCGCCUCCUGCUGGCCACCUGCUCCAAUGACAAGUUCUUGAACGUCAAGCUGUGGAACCUGAACAAACCCUCCUCACAGAACACCAUGUUCGGGCACUUUGAGCCAGUCAACCACUGCUGUUUCUCCCCCAACGACGCUUAUCUGUCCACCUCCUCCAACGACGGCACUGUUAAGCUCUUCGAGGUGUCUUCCGCCAACGAGUGGAAGACCAUCAACGUGUGGGAGUGGUGCGCAGACGCCGGCGAGGAGGUUCCGGUCAAGUGCAGCACGUGGACGGGCGACGGCAAGCGGGUGGUGUGCGCAGUCAGGAGUGCCGUGUUGGUGAUGGACGUGGAGACGUCACAGAUGCUGUUUGAGAUCCGAACGGGUCGUCUGAGCAUGGUGCAGUACUGUCACGUGUGUCCCGCCAGCAACCUGCUGGCCAUAGCCUUCUCCAACUAUGCGGUGGAGCUGUGGGACCUGGAGGACAAAAAGAAGAUGGCCGACUGCAGCGGCCACCUGAGUUGGGUCCAGCAAGUCCAGUUCUCGACCGACGGCUCGCAGCUUCUCUCUUGUUCCGACGACCAGACCGUCAGGCUCUGGGAGACAAAUAAGGUGCACACCACCUCAGCCGUGCGCCUGAAAAGAGACUCUGAUGCGUUCUUCAAUCCAGGAGAAGAUGGAGAACUGAUGGUUUCGGCCGCAGACAACUGCAACAGACUGCAGGUUCGCGCUGGCAGAGCGGGUUCGCUGCUGUUUCAGUCCGAGGAGAUGGCGUCGCGGAUCCGAUGCACAUGCUUGUGCAGGAAGCCCUCGGCUGUGGCUUUUGGCACGGAGGAUGGCACCGUGCAGAUUCUGGCCAUCCCCUCUGGGAAGGUUCUCGCCACCCUGCAGGGACACACCAGGACGGUGCUCCACUGCCAGUUCGUCCACGCCGGCCAAGCGCUCAUCACGUCAUCCGAGGACGCCACCAUCAAUGUGUGGAAGUGGCAGUCGUCUGAGUGUCUCACGCUGCGAGGCCACAAGGAGCAGGUCCGAUGCUUCUCUGUGCUGUCGCCCGCUGAAACACGACUGCUGACCUGGUCCUUUGACGGCACCGUCAAGGUGUGGCAGUUGGAGAGCGGAGAGGAGCUGCAGGACAUCGAGGCUCACCGGGGAGCCAUUUUGUCUUGUCACGUCUCCCCGGAUGGGCAUCACUUCGCCACCGCCUCUGCUGACAAGACCGCAAAGGUGUGGCACAGUGAGUCGUGGCAGCUCGUCCACAAACUCCGCGGCCACCAAGACUGCGUCCGGAGUUGCCGCUUCUCCUGGGACGGGCGACGGCUGGCGACGGGGGACGACGGUGGCGAGAUCCGGCUGUGGAGUGUCACAGAAGGCUCCUUGCUGAAGGUUUGCUCGCGAGACGGAAAGGACGGCCUGGACUCGCUGCACGGAGGCUGGGUGACCGAUCUGCACUUCUCCCCAGACGACUACCUGCUGGUCUCCACCGGCGGCUACAUCAAGUGGUGGGACGUGGACAAAGGCGAAGCCCUGCAGACCUUCUACCCGACAGGAGGCGCACUGAAGAAGACCCACGUGUCGCCCGACUUCUCCACGUUCGUCACCAUCGACAACGUCGGCAUCCUCUACGUCCUGCAGAGGGUGGCGUGACCACCUUUUUCCUCGCAGAACGACCGCCGUCACCAGCUGAAAAAUUGCUGCUCACAGAAGAGCAGACGAGGUGCUUCGAGAUGUUUACUUCGAUCAGGUUCCUGAUUAUGAAUAAUACUUAAGACCGCUCACGCUCUUUGCAAUCAACAUUUUAUAAGUUUCCUCUGAGCCGCAACAACCUUGUCAAGUGCAUUAAUCAAUGCUGUGAUGUCCGUCAUGGUUUUAUAGUUGUUUAAUUAUGAGAUUAUUUUCCGCCCGAGUACAGCAGCUUUAUUGCGUGCGCCGAGCGCGUUGUUAAAAAUUGUCCGUUUUGUCGUCUUUUGAAAGCCUUUGAUAUUUGUUGUUCUACAUCUUUUCUACAAAACCAAAACAUUUCCACUUGCUCAAAGACAUUUUUAGACAUAGUUCAAUCUCUUUUUUAAUCAGCAUGUUUCUCAACUGAGCCUAUACUUGACAAUCUUUCCUGUAAUACAUUAAUAGUUGUUGCCUCUUGUUGUGAUCUUUCAAUUAUUUAGUUGAAGAUGGAAAAGUAUGUGAAUAUUAAUAGGAAUGCAUUUUGUACAUCUGAGUCAUGUUAUUUCCAGUGUGCUCUUCUGAUCGGUGCUUUAAUGUCGCCAAGAAUCAACAGAUUUUGUUAUCACGAGGAUCUAUCAAUACUGUAAGUACUGCACUUUAUGAGCCAUUCAAAUGAAUACAUGGAUUGUCAUUUGCUGAGCUAAAAUUGUCCUUAUAAAACAAACUUGACAGGCAA